UGGACGUCAACAGAAGGAAACAGUUUUGUGUCGCCUGGAGAUUUUACUCCACCCGACCACACACCCAGUUUGUACUUUCACUUGUGUUUAGGUUAACAGACAGGCGCCUUACUGGGUGAGUGCAUGCAACUGUCUCCCUCAGAUUUCCUUCUGUACUGGAACGUGUGCUCAUUUUGAUUUGUAACUGAUACAUGCUAUAAAUAAUAACUUUGUUUUUAUUCAGUAGCAUAUAAUUCAAAGUUCUUUAAAGAUUGCCAUCUUUACUAAAGUAUAUUAUGCUGUUAACUUUAUAAUUUUAAAAGAUGAUUCAACCGUGCUUGACUGCGAGGGUUGAAAUGUCAUUGAACUUACUUGUGGAAAUUAAAAAGCAUUGAGUAUAAUACCAUAUCAAAUGUCUACUUUCAUCGACUUACUCUUAAGCCUUAUUUGAUUAAAAAUGCAAAAUGUUAGUGAUAUUUUAAAGACAAAUAAUUUUUGUUAAUUUUGGUGCAGUUUGUGUCCCUGAUCAAAAAUAUAUCUUUAACGAGGUAAUUUUCGUUUGGUAUCUGAGUUAAGGACUUGGCUAAAGUCUUAUGACAUCUGAGUAAAUGACCUGGUUCAUUCUUAUGACAUAUGAGAUAAGGACCUGGCUCAUUCUUAUGGCAUCUGAAAUAAGGACCUGGCUCAUUCUUAUGACAUCUGAGAUAAGGACCUGGCUUAUUCUUAUGGCAUCUGAGUUAAGAACCUGGCUCAUUCUUAUGGCAUCUGAAAUAAGGACCUGGCUCAUUCUUAUGGCAUCUGAAAUAAGGACUUGGCUCAUUCUUAUGACAUCUGAGUUAAGCACCUGGCUUAUUCUUAUGACAUCCGAGUUAAGGUCAUCGUCCAUACAGGAUGUAAUGGGAUAAGGAAUUGGAAGAAAGCUCAAACAUUUUUCAUAGCAAAAGAAAAGUAAAUGCAAGAUCCGUUGGUCAGACUUCAUAGAACUUACCAAUGUCAAGAUCUUUAUUCUCACCAUCAUUGCAAACAUUCAUUCACAUUUUUUUUUAUUUUAAAAAAUGUUGGCAAUCGUCUAAAACUAUUUUUGAAAAUUGUUAAUUUUAUACCUGGCAGUAUUUGAAUGACUGUGUUGAUUGACAUGCAUUAUCUCCACAGACAACUAAACCAGAACUUCCUAUAGCACAUCAACCUCCAACCACUCAGUGAAUCAAGUAAUAACUGUAUCAUCAUGGGUAUCAAGGAUGAUUUUAUGGGAGCUAAGCUUCUCAUCAAAAUUUCUGCAAUUGUCGUUCUUGUCGCACAACUCUUCAAGUAAGUGAACACAGCUUUGUUCCAAUUCCAUGAUACAAUAACGACGCAUUUUCACGUAAUCUGCGCAUAAACUUGAAAAGCCGAGGUUUAAACAUGAGUGAAACUAAAAGAGUUGGAAUUUCAGACAAGAAAGAAUGUUUUUAAUGAUAAGUAUGACUCGCGCAGCCACUACAAAACUGCUGACAUAUUCAGGUCCCAAAAAUUAUCAUGAAAUGGGACCAGAAUUUCAACCAUUAAUUCCAGAAUACUAAUUGUAUUUUGGUAAGGAACUUGUGGAGGGAGAGGAAAGAUGUUUUCUUCCUCAAUUGUAUUGACUGGUGACCUUUGCAUGUUAAAUAAUAGAAUUUGAAUGCUACAAUAAAGACGUUAAUGAAUGAUUUCUUUCACUGAGUCAAAAUAAUUUCUUUAUAACAAUAAAGAACCGUUUUAUUUAGUCAAUCAGAAUUCAAGAGAAUGACGACCCCUCUAUACCUUGAACAAUGGCCUGAAUAUGGACGCAUGCCAAACUGACCAGUUGUGCUGCAGAGCAGUGGCUCUGAGCCAUUUUUUUUAAAAAGUGCCUUGACCCCUUGAUUAAAUUUUCUAAGUCACGGCGACCCACAUCCAGAACCUGACAUCUUACUCGCUCAGUGAUGGAUUAGAAAUUGUCAUUGGCGUAGCUAGGGGGUGCGGGGGUGUCAACCGCACUGGGUGACACCAAUCCAGGGGUGAAUUGAAAAAUGGCAUAUUUAUAGAGCACAAUUUGCUCGGUCCAACCGAAUUUCAUAGAAAGAUCAUAUGUAAAAUGUCUAUUCAUGUAUCCAAACCAAAUGCGUGCCUUAUUAAAAGUUCAAUGUUGAUCAGAGGUGACCCUAUCACUAAAUCAGAAAAACACCAUUUUGACCAUGAUUUAUCGCCGAUUGAAGUGUUCCGUAACUUCCGUAAGUAACAGGAAGCUAUAUGUAUACAUAUAUACGAAUUCGGAUAAAUAAAGCUUUCCAUUUAUACCAAAUACGAUGUGGUCGAGCGAUUCUAAGUGCAUGAAUUGAUGAGUGUAUUGAUCGCUUUCAUUCUUAACUCAGAUCAGAUCAUCAGCGAUCAAGGAAGUAGCAUAUAUGUUUAGCGCUGUUCAAUCUAAUGGUCUACUAUCAUCAAGUGAAGAGGGUUUAUUAGUAUCCGUUCCAAAAUUAUCCCCUUUCUAUGAUGAGUUAUCAAAAUACAAACUUUGAAAAGAAAUACCAAGAUGUAGAAGACUACUAAAGACAGCUGAUAUUGAUGUUCACAACUUCAUGUACCUUUACUAGUCAUUAUUUUAUGUUUUGAAAUUCAUAGCUGAAUUGGACUUCUUAGAAUCUCUUCCAAUACUUUCGACAAGCCUUGAAUUUUUUCUUACGAUCUGUGUGUCGGUGGCUUCAUGUGAGCGGAACUGUUCAAAUUUAAGGCCUAUCAAGAGCUUUUUACGAUCCACAAUGGGACAAUGAUUUCUAAUCUGGCUCUACUCUCAAUUGAAAGUGAUUAAGUGAAGGAUAUUGAUUUUGAUCAAAUUAUUUACAGGUUUACAGCCUUGAAGAACAGGAAAGACAUUUUUUAAAUAAAUUAAAUUUUAUGUAAAAAUAACUAUAACUUAACGCUAUUAAAGUUCUUUAUUACAUUUACCUCCUGACCUGCAAUUCAUUAAUUUUUUUAUUUAGGCAUUUUUAUAUAGCGCUUACCGUAAAGCUCUAAGCGCUUUAAAAUUAUUAAAAACAUGUAAACUAAGUAAAAUAAAAAUGAGACACUAGGAUAGUAACUAUUAUACUUUAGAAACAUUUAUUUUUGUUCUUGUCAUAGUUAUACUGUGGACUUAUUUUUACUAGAAAAAAAUCCGUCGUGGAAGUCGGGGGAGGGGGCUGACAUCACUAUAAAUAUUUCAUUUGUUUAACCAAGUUUUUCAAUGUUUAUGGUAGUAUUGGCUCGUGACGGGGUUUCUGUUCUCUUGUUCUUGCUAGCUGGAUAUCUUUCUGCACAACAUCAUGGAUCACAACAGUGGUUGAUCGUGUAGGGCUGUGGAGACAUAGUGCUCCGCGCACUCUCGGGAGCACAUCCUAUGAUGGUACAGGUUCUGGUACGUCUUUCAAAUUUAUUUUCGCAGGUCUAAAACUUAUAGAAAUCCGUACAUAUACCGAUUUCAAUAUUUAUAUUACCAGGAACAAUGAACUAAUCUAUAUAUAAGAAUAAUUUCCGAGUUGAUGAGAUCCGCCCCGCUCAAGGUGAUAAACUUUUACUCCGUUUUAAAUUGUUUAUACUAAACUCACUUAAAUAAUUCUUUAAAAAAAACACACCUUUUUUUUUCAAUUGUUUAAAACACAAUUUAUCUUUAUCUUUUAUUUUGCAAUUUAAUAUUAGCGAUACCCUGUUGUAAUAAAUAUUCCAGAGGGGGGCUUCCUUGUCCAGCCCGCUCUCAUUGCUCACCGUAAUCCGCCAUAAUUCGCUUAUCCCCAAGUCAUGUACUUUGGUCCCUACACCCAACAAAUGUACAACAUUAAAAAAAAAAAAAUUUAAAAAAUCGGUUACCCACCGCACUGUGUGCCAUGGUGUGUUUUAACCUGUGGUUGCUCUACUAAGUAUUGGUGGAUACAUGGAGCGCCAACUGUAAAUGUAUAGAUUAUUUACCUCUUCUUACCUUUCGGUAACUAGAUCAAGUAAAAUGUAUAAAGGAUCAUCAUUUUUAUUUAUUUCAUUUUUUUCUAAAUAGUUCAUACCGCAGCCCAAUUUAUAUGAAAGCUACUUUAAUACUUUUCAAAAUUUACCUUAAGGAGAAAUAGUUUGUUUAUUUGGGGUUUAGUUGAUUCAAUAUUUUAUUCCAUAUAAUAGAUUUCGGAGACUUGUAUCAUAAGAGAAAAGUAGUGUAUUUAAUUUUCAACUUUGAAACAUCGUUUCUCUGUCUAUUUAAGAUGAUUACUUGAAAUAAAAUAUAUUUUGAUGAAAACAGAUUCCAUGGCUGCCACUCAAGCGUUCGCCAUAUUUGGAUUUGUUGGACUGAAUGUUGGAUGUCUGCUGCUGGUUCUCUUCAUCUUCUGGAGUAGCUGCAAGGGCAAGUCAGAAACUGGACUGGCGGCUGGAAUAUCUCUAAUUGUCUCAGGUAGAGAUUAGUACAUUAUCUUAUUGUAUUAGGUAGAUAUUAUCAAAUCCACUUAUUUUCUGAUUUAAAAAAAUAAUAUUUCCCCAUCUCCUGUUUGUCUCUUCCCAGCUGUGACGUGGCUGAUUGCAGUCAUUGUGUUUGCUGCUGAAAUACAUCAACAUAACGAAGAUUUUGGAUUUUCAUUUGGACUCGCCAUAUGUGCCCUAAUCCUGGCUGGUGUUGCAGGGGUUCUCAUCCUAGUUGGUCAACUUGGGGGUGGAUCUGUUGGUGCUAAGUAGAUGAGCCAUUUAAAAGAAUAUAUAUAUAUAUAUUAAGAAAGAAUAUGCAAAAACUGAAGAAUUGGGAAAUAAAUAAAAUAAUUAAUUUAAGUAGUAAUUGAUAUUUGGUGCAAGAUGAAGUGCAUUCGUUUAAAUAACUAAGAACGAAGUGACCUAUUAGUAUUUAGACUUCAAUUUUAAAAUAACUCAAGCCUAUACAAUUAUUUAUAAUAAUUUACAAUUAGAUAAUAUUAUAUUUUCAAAUAAUGAUUUGUUUGAUAUUGAUAAAAAAGUUUAAAUUUAAUUUUUUUUUUUAAAAAUCGAGACUUAGUUUUUAAUGUUAUAUUUUUUUUUGACUGUUAUGUGAAGACUGAAUCAAUGAAUAUAGUCAAAUAUUGUCUAAAGAUAAUAAAAUGGUUUUAUAAUUUAUUCAAUUUUAUGCGUAAUCCUUUUGGAUAAAGUUGAUGAGUAGCCAUUAACGCCAUUUCCGUUUUUUUUCACGGGUUUUGGAGAAAAAAUAGGGUGGGAAGAGGGAAACAAAACGCGGCCAGCUUGUUGAAAUGUUUAUUAAUGGGGGCGUCACUGUACAUAGAAAUUUAAAUAAAACCUGGAAAAUUUGAUGGGACAAAUGCCCACCAGCCCACUUUUUUUUUGGCCCUACUCAAAAAUGACCCUGGAGAAAUAAGAUUGUAUGAAUUAUUACAUAGACUCCAGUUUGUCAUUACAUUUUUAAACAUAUCCCGCCAUACUUUGUUUCGAUUUGAGGAUCUAUAUUUAGGAAUGACUACUUUAAGUAAUCUAUAAACCACUACUUUCUUCUGGAACAAAACGAAAGUUCGAAUUAUUUAUUUAUGCAUGAUCGAUUGUUAAUUUUGUAAUAAAAUGCACUAAUUAAAAUCUGGUGCUAUAAUUUAAACCAAUUUUUUAAAAUUUAAAACUCAUGAAAUAAUUGUAGGCGCAAAGACGUAUAAUUCUAUCUGAUAAAUCACAUGUCUUGGCCCCUGCUCAAUUCUUAGUAUUAUAUCAAUUCAUCAACUAGCUGGGGCAACGUAACCACGCUACGCUAUGCCGACUUACGGUUGCUCUAAAAAGUAUUAGUGAAUAUUUGGAGCGCCAUCUGGAAUUCCCCCCCCCCCAAAGCACACACACACACACACACACACACACACGGGUAGCACUAAUAGUAUAUUGCAUAUAAAGGAUAAAUUGUUAUACAAAAAUAGAAUUAAUAAUAGGCCAUUUUAAAAAACCAGCAAAAGCAUUUGCCGAGGGAGUUAGGCCAUAAAAACUAUUUAUAGGGGAUUAAACUGUAUUACCUUUAUUGAGCGGGUGAGUUAGGCCAUAAAAACUAUUUAUAGGGGAUUAAACUGUAUUACCUUUCUUGAGCGGGGGGGGGGGGGAGUGUGUGUGUGUGGGUGAUGUCCACAGGGGAAUUAUAAUUAUAGAUAUUAAUUUUUGGCGUAGCUAGACUUCGUGCAAACCAGGUUUGCCGCAUUCUCUUUGAAAAAAUAAAACACGUGUAGUUGGCCCGAAAAUGCAACCCCUCCCUAUAGAGUAAACAGCUCCUCAUGGGAGACAGCCACCCCUCCCCACCCCAGAACUUUAAAAAAAAAUUUUUCGCAACCUUCAUCCUACAUCAUUGCGUGAUAUGCUUAGUUUUUAGUUAAAUUAAUUUUCUUAAUAUAAUUUAAAAAAAUAAAUUGAUACUAUCAACUGCCAUACUUUGUCUUUUCCCUAGAAAUAAGGUGCUAUGAAUAGGCAUUUUUUAAAAUUUUUUAAUUUUUUUUUUGGCUUGUAUAAAUACGUCAUUUCACUUACGGAAAUUGCGAUCUUUUAAACUUUUAAUAAAUAAUGUAAGGAAAAAAAUGACAAUGUUUAUUUUCAUUUUUCCUUCAAUAAAAGCCUCUCAAAUAAACGAUAUCGUAUCGGCUCUAUAUUUUGUAAAGAACGUUAAUAAUUUGUUUGUGUAUUUAAAUCAGUUCUCGACAAUGUGGGCAAAGUAAAUUUGACACUUUUUAAGAUUUGUCUUCGAAAGAAAUUUAUAGGAUUUACCACCUAAAUAAAUAAAUGUACAGAAAAGCGUCCUGUGGUUUUGGGGCCAAAAUAGAAUCUUCAUAGCGUCUUGAAUAUUUUUUUGGUAGAGUUCUCUCCCACUCGGAAUCUCAAUUUCUGCUUUGCAAUCAAUGUUUAAAUUAUUUACUGGCUCUGCAUGGACAUUUGAAAUUUUUUAUCUUAAAUUAAAAUAAGUAUUAUAGCAUAUGCUCUUCCAUUAAAUUUUAACUUUGACAUUUGAUUUAAAUAAAUGCUGAUUUAUUUUUUUUCGUUGCUUGUUAACAUUUUUACUUUUUUAUUUCUUAUCCUACAUUGAAGAAUUCCAUUUAUUUAUUAAACAUUCUUCUCCUUGCAAUGGUUUCACAAAAGUUAUAUAACCUAAUUUUAGAUAACUAUAAUUACUUGAUGAUUCAAGAAACAAAUGAAUGGGAAAACUCAAUUAUUCCCCAUUCUUCAAACAAAAAUUAUAAACACUCUAAUUCGGACAAUAAAGUGUUUAGUUUAGCGCAUUACAGUCCAGAAUACAAACGUAAGCGACAAUUAAUCAGCUGAAUUAGUUCAAGAAAUUCCUGCGCCACCUGCGCACGUCGCCCAAGAAAGCUCACAAACUCGUCUUAAAAACUAAUUAUGUCAACAGUUCUGUAGUUGAUGCGUUGAAACGCCCCCCUUUCUACUAAGCCAGUGGUUCUCAGCCUUACUAAUGUAGCAACACUUUAAUGCAGUUCCACAUAUUGAGGUGACCCCCAACCAUAAAAUUAUCUUUGUUGCUACUUCAUAACAGUAAUUUUGCUACAGUUAUGAUUUUUAAUUUAAAUAUCUGAUAUGCAAGAUGUAUUUUCAUUGAUACAAAUUGAACAUAACUAAAGCACAGUGAUUAAUCACAAAAACAAAUGUAAUAUUGUGAAACAUUUAUUUCUAAUUACAAAUAAAUGAAAUUUUGUCUUGUCUUAAAGCAUGGUGUAACAUGGGUAGCAGUCUUAAUAUAACAACAGUAAACUACAUUGCUACAAUUUUCGACAGUAUGCGUAUAUAGACACCCACUUAAGUGCGAAGCUUGAGAUUGCUUCUUUCACAUAAGAUCAAACAUUCUCGGGGCAGUCUGUGCGAGAGCACACGGGAGAUCAUCUCCAUAACAAGUCUAUUUCUGUAGUAGACUUGAUGAGCAACAAGCUGGGUAACCUUGUUUCACAAAGAUAUGUUGUUAGAAAAGGAAGAAGAAGGCGCAACACAGCUUCAGGCAGAACAGGUUAUGACUGCUAACACUUGAUCCAGUAUUUUGUAUCCGGCAUUUUAGAGAAACCAGUUCUCACUCCAUCGCUGUUAAUAAGUUCAAUGAAUUCCUCUUGUACUGUAUCGGGAACAUCUUUAACUUUGACUGUGAAAGGGCCUCUGGCAAGUGGAAAUGUGGUGUUAGGUAGAUUUGGAAAGAACGAUGAACUUUCGCCUGCAAGCAUGUCCAGUGUUCUUUCUUUAGACCAGUGGUCAGCAUAAUCAUUAGUCAAAAGAGCCAAAAAUCAGCAGCAGGACGAUUGAAAAAUAUUUGAGCGCCAAAUAUCUUUUCAAGAACCAUUUUUUUUGGAGUCAAAACCGAUUUUUGGCUGACUGGCUAAGCCGCACUCAGGUCGCUAAAGAGCCGCAUGCGAUUUGCGAGCCGCGAUUUGACGACCACCGCUUAAAGACUAUAAGUUGGUUCUAGAGGUUGACCGAAAGUGAUUUUCUGAUUUCGGCCGAAGCCGAAAAUAAGCCGAAAGUUUAAAAUGACUUUCGGCCAAAACCGAAAAAAUACCGAAAGUUUAAAAAUGACUUUCGGCCGAUACCGAAAAAAGGCCGAAAGUUAAAAAUGAAUUUCGGCCGAAACCGAAGCCGAAUCCGAAGCCGAAACCGAAAAUGAAAUAUUAAGAUAUUUUGAAAUUCGUUCCCGCAUACAUUCUGCAUACAUUGAAAAUGAUGUGGGAAAGUAUAAAUAUUUACAUUCUUUUUAUAAAAAAUGGGAUAAUCGUGAAUAUUAAUAAAUAAACAUCUAAUAUAGGGGUCUAAAACUCGCGGCAUUUGUGACCCGCAAGAGGAUAUUUUGCGGCCCGCUACAUGACAGAAAAGUUUAGUGUUAAUGCGCCGGCCCGUACCCCCAUUCUCAUAUCUAUGACGUGACUCUCCGUGACGGUUUCAGACUAGUCUAAUUCUAAAUUUAAAAAAAAAAAUGAGUCUAUAUAUUUUUGUAUGCAACAGUGAGUAGGUAGAUGAAAGUGAAUCCUAGUUCUUGAGAACCCUUAAAGAUUGUAUUGUUAUUUAUAAAGGUUGAGCAGAUUGUAACAGUUGUAAUCGCUUUUUUGUGGAUUACUUGAUGCGGCCCACUCUCAUUCAGACACAACCUCCUGCGGCCCCCUGAUGAUUUGAGUUUGGGACCCUUGAUCUAAUGAAUACUUUGGAUUUUACCAUUUUAAUAUAAAAUUAAUUUAAAUUGCUUUACAAUUUUUUUUAAAUUUGUAUGGUAGGAGAAAAUUUGGCAAAAAUGGGGGGGGGGGGCAAAAUUAAUGCAAAAUAUUUUUUUAAAACCGGGUCUCUAAAAAUUGUUGUUCUGAUAUGGUUCUAAGAGAGCGCUUAAAUUGUUCUGAAAGGUCGCUUUAAUUGUUUUUUAAUGAUGGUUUAGUUUGUUGUUAAAGAUCGUUAGUUGCUUGUUAUUUAUCGCUUAGUUUGUUCGAAAAUAUCGCUUAGUUGUUGUUAAAGAUCGUUUAUUUUGUUCUCAAAGAUCGCUUAGUUUUUUUUUAAAGAUCGUCCAGUUUUUGUUAAUUAUCGCUUUAUUUUUUCUUAAAGAUUGUUUAGUUUGUUCAUAAAGAUCACUUAGUUUGUUGUUAAAGAUCGCUUAGUUUGUUAUUAAAGAUCGCUUAAUUUAUUCAUAAAGAUCCCUUAGUUUGUUCUUAAAGAUAAUUGAUUUUUUUUCCUUAAGAUCGAUUAGUUUGUUCUUAAAGAUCUUUUAGUUUUCUGUUAAAGAUCGCUUAGUUUGUUGUUAAAGAUCGUUUAGUUGUUUCAUAAAGAUCCCUUAGUUUGUUUUUAAAGAUAAUUGAUUUUUUUGCCUUAAGAUCGAUUAGUUUGUUCUUAAAGAUCUUUUAGUUUGUUCCUAAAGAGCAUUUAGUUUUCUGUUAAAGAUAGCUUAGUUUAUUCUUAUAAAUCAUUUAGUUUACUAUUAAAGGUCAUUUGUUUUGUUCUUAAAGAUCAUUUAGUUCGGUCUUAAAAAUCGUUUAGUUUGUUCUUUAAGAUCAUUUAGUUUGAUAUUAAAGAUCGUUUAGUUUGUUCUUAAAUGUCGCCUAGUUUGUUGUUAAAUAUCGUUUAGUUUGUUCUCAAAGAUCGCUUAAUUUGUUCUUAAAUGUCGCUUAGUUUGUUGUUAAAUAUCGUUUUCGCUGAGUAUUAGAUGACCGAAAACCUGUCACUUUCGGCCCGAUGGCCGAAAGUCUAAGUCAAUUUCGGCCGAAACCGAAGAAAAACCGAAAGUUAACUUUUCUUUUUCGGCCGAAACCGAAAUUAAGCCAAAAGUUAACUUUUCAGUUUCGGACGAAAUCGAAACUUGGUCGAAAGUGAUAAAAUGGCCACUUUCGGCGCCGAAGCCGAAGCCGAAAUUCGGUCGGUCUCUAGUUGGUUCCCUAGAUGGCAAAUCUCCUCUCUCCACGCACCUGGAUAACCAAUAGGAACAUCAAAUAUACAUGAUAUAGCUUGUCACCAGCUGCGUCGUAGGAGUUGCCGGAGUUUUCCAUUUCAUUAACGUACCCGCCUUCUCCUGGUUUUGAUUCAGAGUUUCCCUUGUCUUAGAUGAGUUGCCAUCUAAGGUGUUUCCCUUGUCUUAGAUGAGUUGCCAUCUUAAGUGUUUCCCUUGUCUUAGAUGAGUUGCCAUCUAAGGUGUUUCCCUUUGUCCUAGAUGAGUUGCCAUCUAUGGUGUUUCCCCUUGUCUUAGAUGAGUUGCCAUCUAAGGUGUUUCCCUUGUCUUAGAUGAGUUGCCAUCUAAGGUGUUUCCCUGGUCUUAGAUGAGUUGCCAUCUAAGGUGUUUCCCUUGUCCUAGAUGAGUUGCCAUCUAAGGUGUUUCCCUUGUCCUAGAUGAGUUGCCAUCUAAGGUGUUUCCAUUGUCCUAGAUGAGUUGCCAUCUAAGGUGUUUCCCUUGUCCUAGAUGAGUUGCCAUCUAAGGUGUUUCCCUUGUCCUAAAUGAGUUGCCAUCUAAGGUUAACGAGUCCCAUGCGCAUCGGGUACUGGUGAUUUUUUUGCCGGGGGUUGAACUCAUUUUACACCACACGACCACCCAGCAACCAGUAGUAUCGCUAUGGCAGGCCUAAUUCUAUCAGGGCAGUAUUAUUAGCACCACUUACUUAUAACAUUAAAACAAUAGCUAAUUAAUUACUAAAACUUAAGGCCUAAAUAACUUUCAAAUUUAUAUAUUGGAUCUUACCCAAAUCUUUUCUACAGUAAUUAUGACAAUUUUUCUAAUUUACAAUGUAAAUAAUUGUCACUCGAAAACACCUGUUGAAUCAAACCGCAUAUUUCGUUAACUAAAAAGCGUAGUCAAUGUAAAUAAGUUCGUUUAUUGAAACCACUUUUUUUUUUUUGCACGUGACAUGGAGGUCAAGUAACAAUCGUAAAAUAAUUUCUACGACUUGCAGUUCUGCAAAGUUGUGCCAGUUGUGUUCCGAGCAGUUGGACACUUUGAAAAUGAGUGGAUCUUAUAGGUCCACGACGUGAAUAGACGGGUCUUCUUGACCACUGUGUAACAACACUGCUUCAAAUCUAGACAUGCCAGGCAGAGUCUAACUUAAUAUUUUCUAAUCAGCACGUUUAAAUCAAUAUAAUACUCAUGUAUUACAUUCAGUGGUAAAACCUUUGUAAUCCAACGUUAUCUAAUCUAUGUUAGGCCAGGAACGUGCAUAUAAUUGCCAGUAAAAAUCCUCGUUUGCCGAUAUCCACGAUAAAAAUGUUGCCAUUGUUGGUCGCUAAGGACGCUAAUGGACGUCAAGAGAAAGGGACAGUUUUUUGUCGCCUGGACAUGUUACUCUACCCGACCAUUCACUUGGGUUCCAGAAAUUGACUGGGUGCCUGACUCUGUAAGUACCUGCAACUUCCUACGAGAGCGUUCACUUAGUACUUUAGAAAGUUUUUAUUAUUGUUCAUAAAUUUUUAUUUUGCGUGAUAUUAACUGUGUUGAUUUAUUUACGUGUCUAUUAAAGUGGAUUUACAUUUCAAAAGUUAAGCUGCACACAAACUUUGUACAGACCAGUUGACCCCUGAGUAGUUUUCAGCUCUCAAAAAUGUACUUACAAGAUCCAAAGAGUAGUUUGGUCAAUAAGCGAGCCGGGGGGAGGGGGUUAACAAGUUAUGUCAGGAAAUCCACUCAGCUGCUUAUAUGAGAUAACAUAAAGAAAUCUACAAGUUAUGGUUCUCCGAUGUGUUGAAGGAUGUCGCUCUUAUUCGAUUGCUUACUGUGUUAACACAGCAAGUUGAAGGAUGUCGCUCUUAUUCGAUUGCUUACUGUGUUAACACAGCAAGUGCGCUAACUUUUUACUGAAAACACCUCAAUUAUUAAUUUUUAAAAAUUAAAAAUAAGCCAAAAGAAACGAAAAAACUUGUGGUACUGUAGUCUUAGGCUUUAAAAACGUAGUUACAUGUACUAAGGAGAAACCGUAGAAGUAAACAGUUCUGACUUUUUUUAGAAACCGGGAUACAUUAUUUGCCUCGAUCUGCCUGUUCUUGGACUCUAUUCUAGCAAGUCUUGCUCAAGCCAAAUGGCUUUAUGUGCCCCUUUCAAAGCGAGUUAACUUUUCACGGGCAACUGUUUAUUAAUAAAGAACAUAAAUACCGCAUAAAUGAUGCACAGAAGUAUUUAUUUAUUCUUAAUACUGUAUCUAUCUGGCGUCUAGAGGUUAGGUCCCCUUUGUAAAAGCCACAGAACAAUUCCAGAGCCAAAACUGUUUUCCUUCCAGCUCCUGUAGAGAUAAUGUGUUGUAAGAAUUCAAUAACACGAAGCAGUGAAACAGUUCAGAUUCAUUUAUUUCAUCCUUUGGUUUGCAUAAGGGUGGAAAUUACAUAAGAAACAGGAAAUAAUUAUAUCCAACUAAAAGCUCACUCCUACUUCUACAUCCACAGCACUCGUCAUUGUCAACAUCCACAUCACUCGUCAUUCUCAACAUCCACAGCACUCGUCAUUCUCAACAUCUACAGCACUCGUCAUUCUCAACAUCCACAGCACUCGACAUUCUCAACAUCCACAGCACUCGUCAUUCUCAACAUCCCCAGCGUUCGUCAUUCUCAACAUCAACAGCAAUCGCGAUUGUCAGUCUUCUAGCACAGCACUAAUUUCAUGCAGUGUUUUCACCUCUUUCCGACAUACCACCACAGUCAUGCGUCUCUGAGAACAUUCAUGGGAUUAAAAGGGAAAACCUUAAAGAAAGAAAAAAAAAACACUAUCACUCACAACCAGGCCCGGAACAACAUGACGCAAUCCGACCGUGACGAUAAAGACCACAUAAAUGAUGCACACAAUUAUUUUUUUUAUUCUUAAUAAACGUAUCUACCAGUACUACUUCAUAUUUUAUAAUAUUUUAUAUACCCUAAGAGCAUUAUUAUAUUUAAAAAGGUUAUGUCAUAGCCACUUUGAUCGACGAAGCUGGGGUGGGGGGAGCGGGAAUCUAGGACGCCCCACCGAAGUGUCCCUCAGUGAAUUUGAGUUUAAGGAGGGAGAGAAGCCCCUCUUCAGAAUAUUUUUUUAGAAUUUCAAAAGGAAGGGAUACCAAUUAUCGCUAACUGAAUGAAGAAAAACUUCAUUUGUGAUGCAGCCGGCGGGUCACAAUCUUUAACGUGGAGGUCGAACCCUGGUGCCACUUAAUGACUAGAAAUUACUUGGGGACCCCUGAGAUAAUUUCUGGAGGAUUGUAAAAACCCAGUACGGAAAUGCCGCUGUUGUUAUCAGACAGGGGAGAUUAAAUUGGGUGCCGUAGAACAGUCUUUCUAAAACUAUUGCCGACGGACCCCUUGAAGGGCACAGAAAAGGUGACAGGGUUUCAUGAGCUGCUUCGGUUUAUUUCAUGAUACUUGUUUAACAUUUUCAUUAUAAAAACUGAUCAGUGGUCUCCAUCUGAUUGGCGAUGGGUCCAUGUAACCAAAAAGCUUAAGAAGAUCCUGCCUUAGUAGCAACUAGUCCGCUACCGUGUCUGGUGGGUAAACAGACAUGUUAGGACCAACUAGAGACAAAACCCGGGUGUUCCUUUCAGCUUGUGUGUCGGUAUGUAUGUAAUUAUAUUAUGAUUCUUGAUCUUCGUUAGAUAACUAAAGCAUAACUUCACAUCAAAUCCGCAACCAGUCAGUGAGUCCAGUAAGAUCUGUAUUUCCAUGGGCAUCAAGGAUGAUCUUUUGGGAGCAAAGCUUCACAUCAAAAUAGCUGCAGGCGUCGUUGUUGUCGCUCAAAUUUGCAGGUAGGUAAAAAAAAGUUUUCUUCUAAUGUUAACCAAUAUUUACCCAGCUAUUUUAAAGAAAAUCUAAUCUGCAUCUAGUAUACCAUGCUGGUCUCAUUCUUUACAUUCCAAAUAAUCGAGUAAAUAAAAUAUAUUUUGAAAAAAAAAACAUUUAAAAAAAAAAACAUGCUUUUUUAAAAAUGCACUAAAAAGUAGAAAAAUAAUUGUCCCCCAAAAUUUCUAUGUUGAUACAUUCAUAUGACUAAAAAGGGGUAAGUGGAAGUCACUGGUCACCUACUAAUCAUGAAAGGUUUAAUUUUUGUCGGGGUGUGUAAGUGUAUACAGUUUCAGCUCAAUUGGACCUCAUGAGUGGGUCAAAACCACAUUGAAAAUGACAAAGCAAGCUAAUGGUGUUGUUCGUUCCUCGCAUGCGCAGAGGCCCACGGUUGCCUGCCAGUAUUACUUGUGCCUCCUGGUGAGCUAUCCCGCACGCUAUUUUUGGGUCCUAGUUGUAUUUGAGUCGAUUCUGUUUUUUUUUCUUGCCAUGCGCUUUCUUGGACGUGAGCUGUGCGUUUAUUCUCUGAGAACUGUGCUCCAACAGUGAGUCUGCCACUCCAGCAUGUAUGAUCCAUUGCAAGUGUCUCCCACGAAUAAAGGUCAAUGUCCAUGGAUUUGAGUGAAGUAUUUUUAGACAGUCCUUGAAGCGUUUGUUCUGCCCACCAGUUGAGCGUUUCCCACAAAAGGGUUCACCGAGCAUUAGUUGUUUUGGAAGUCUGGAGUCUGGCAUUCUUGCGGAUGCCCUGUCCAUCUGGCUUGUUUUUUUUUUUUUUUGUUUUUUUUGUAGGAGUGUGUGCAUGCUUAUACAUUCAUAGUGUCACCCCCCCCCCCCCCCGUUCCACGAUAGUUUUUUAAUGUAUAAAUAAGUCCACUAUGGAAAAAACAUAAAUUAAUUGCAGGUCAGGAGGUAAAUGUAUUAAAGACUGUAACAUGUACUUAGAAUCACCCUACGACGUCGUAUUUAAUUUUUGUUUCAAUGGAAAGUUUUAUGUCUCAGAAUUAAGAUAAAUAUAAAUUACUGUCACUUACGAAAUGUUCUGAACACGUCAAUCGGCUUUGAAUAAUGGUAAAAACUUUUUUUUUUCUGACCUGUUUAUAGGGUCAUCUCAUUUCUGACACACCAACCUUGAACUUUUAAUAAAGCACGCAUUUGGACUGGUUACAUGUUUGGAAAAGUUACGUUUGAUCGGUUAUCCUCUUAUGAAAUUCGGUGAGACCGAGCAGUGUGGGACAUGUAAAUAUGCCAUUUUUUAAUUUGGCGUCACCCCCUUUGGCGUCACCCCCUUUUGAUGGUGUCAGCCGGUGUGGUCCGCACCCCUCUAGCUACGCCGCUGGGUCAGAUCAACAAAGGUGAUCAACAGGCUGUUGUGUUGCUCUUGACAUUUUCCCUGGAGCUGGUGAGCUGCAAAUAUCAUGUCAACUGUGCUGGGAAAUGACUUUGAUUCGUGGUGUAUGGGAACCACUCUCGUAUGAGUGUCACAUCUGCCCGUGUUCAGGUCUUUUGUGUUAAAUCAAAUUCAUACACAUCUUAUUCAUUUAUGCAUAACUAACAAAGACUAUACUUGGUCAUUGGAUAAAUCACUAUCAUGUGCUGUCUGAGAACAAUGAACUUUAAGUUUAGAUGCGUAAUAAAAUGUCCACGUACUAACAACAGCUCAACCGUGGCCAAAGGUUAGGAUGGGGUGGUGGUUUGGGAGUAAGGGGUCCUACUGUGUAGUUCGAUCCGCUGGUGAACCACGUGACUAACAACAAUGAAUGGGGAAUAAUUCGUCCUAAACUCAACGGAAAAAUGGGUUGGGGCUGUGGGGGCGUUCUAAGAAGGUAUUGACAUAUUAUUCAAUUUUGAAGAACAGCUUGAUUUAGUCACAAGCAGGUGUGCCACACCUUGGGAAAUUUCCCAACAUCCUGGGAAUUCACUACCUCAUUCAUUGCCAAAACUCAUUUUAAAAAAAAAAAUUCCCAAGAUUUAAAAACAAAAAAAACCUCUUAUAUAUUUUCAUGAUCUUGGGAAAUCUUGGGAAAUGGUUUGACCAAAUCUUGGAAAUUGAAAAAAAUUGAGUGGCAGCCCUGGUCACAAGCUAGGCGCCGGGCUGAACGGAAUCCAUAUUUGCUUUCAGGAAGUAGUCACUGUUCGUGUGAAUUUGUAAACCAUGAAGUAGGACUCUGGCCAAGAUCAUUCCAGCUGUGGAAAGGAUGGGAAUGCCUCGGUAGUUGUCACAGGUUUGGUGACUGCGAUUUCAUUUAAUAAUAUGGGUGUUAUAUUUGCAUCUUUGAGAUGCUGAGGGCUGGGGUGACGACGACUGAACGCCUCUAAGUCAGAGUCCCGCACCACCGAGGCAACUCGGAGGUGUCCCAUGGGGUUUGCCUCUUCGUGGCGUGCCAGACCAGUAGGGAGGAUCUCCUCCCGAAGCCAAAAACCCCGGCCACUUACAUGACUCCCAAAGCAACGGGAGUAACGCAAUAACAUGAUGACUUGUUGCCGUUAAUGGAUAUGAGGCCUGGGUGGCGGUUAAAACCCUUGCCGAUGAUUUUAGCUACGCGGCCCCGAGAAAGCCGCUCCUAGGCGACCGUUUCGUCCCAGCUUUCGUCCCGACCGAAAAACUCGCUUGAUGGCGGUGGAGAUGUUGGGGUGGGGGGGGGUUAUUAAGAUCUCACGCUCGACGACCCACUGACGCCAUCUCCAAUGUGACGUUAUUAGGUGCUGAGGGGCAGCAUCCUUUCCAUAUUGACUAAAAUAUCCUUGUCGGUCUUUUUGUCAGGACGGGGCCCCCUGCUGGGUAGAUUUUAAAAGGGAUUGCAUCCUGGGGCUUUAUUUGAGGAGAGUCGCUGGAUUGCCCUCCCGUCAACAUUUUCAAUGGGACUAUUGUCUGGGCUCUUGGUUGAUCUCCACGUCUGGUAAACGAGCAAUGGUAUUAUUGUUUGCAGCAGCUGGACAGUUAUGGACUUGACAAAACUGUUCUUACCAUCUUUCUAAAAAAUCUGACUCGUGUCUGUCAGUAGCCGAGUUACAUAUUUUUUUCAUGACUGGCAAGCGGCCUGAGGACUGUGGUCCAUAGACUUCUUUUAUGGCAUCGAAAAAACGUUUGGUUUUGUCCAUGGGCAUAGCCUUGAAUUUCACCAGCCUUCCUGCUGAGGCAUGAGUCUGGCAUUUAGCGAAGUUUCCUUUGCACGUUCUGUUUUUAUUUUAUAUUAGAAAACCUUUCUUUACAUAUGACGUAGGAGUUCUUCUGAUUUAGAGCUCAGCAUCUUAUGUUGUUCGUUUAUUAGUCACUGUAUCUCAUUAUCAUUUUCAACAUACCAAUCUUUAUUUUUUUCUGUUUGUUGGUCUGAGGUCUCUUAGAGCAUUGGAGUAUAUAGUAUCUAAUAAUUCAUUUCUGAGGCGAUUGUUUGUUAAUACAUUAUUUUGGGGGGCUGUGUGAGGGUGUAACCAUGCUACUUCUAACUUUAGGCUAUAUGCUUAAGUACCUCAACACACACGUUUAAAGACUCAGCUUUCUCCAAUAAAAAUAGCUAUACCAUAGGCUUUAAUUCUCACAUGAGACCGCUGCCUCAGAGACUGAUUAUCUUUGAUGGUUCUUACUGCCUUAAAAAAACAUAAGUACUUUCUUUCAUUUUCUUUUUUCUUUAUACAUCAUUUUUCAAACUUUUAACCCCAAAGUGAUUUUGUGAGUUGGUUUCGUUUCCCCAGCUGGACAGCUUUCUGCACAACGUCAUGGGUCUUGGUAACCGUGAUUGUUAACGUUCCUCCGAUUCAGGUCGCUUCUUACGUGUCCUAUGUAGGUUUAUGGAGAUGGUGGGGCUACACAGAGAGCCCCAUACACUUAGAUGGUACAGCAAAUGAUACGUACUUUGACAUAUGUAUACCUUUUUAUAUACUUUCAUAAAUUCAUGUUGAAUUAUUGUUGAAAUUUACUAUUAAAAUAUUUUAGCUUCAAGUAAGUUAUCAAUUCUUACAUUGAAUUACUUUAUUAUUUUUUUUUAAGUCUUAAUUUUAAAUCCUCCAAGCACUGCAGCUCGGUGUUUAUUUACUGUUGAUAAAGCUUAAGUUUCAUAUAUCUCAAUACAUGCUUCCAAGUUUAGUUGAUACACUAGGAGAUAUGACCCGAUGUUACCGGGGUAAUAAUGGAAGGCGAUUCGUUCUACAUGCUAUUGUGAGUUUUCAACAACACAUUAAGACGCAUAUAAAUGAUUCCGGUAUUUUUUUUAAAAAGUUAUCUAUGUAUUGGUGUUUACUUUUCUAACGUCAUUUAUUUUUCAGAAUUAUUUAUCUGCUAUAUAAUAUAACCCUACCCUACCUCUUCAAUAUACUAAAAAUGGUCAAAACAGGACCUUACAUUUACAACAACGAAAAAUUGGUACCAUUUUAAAUAUUUUUAACUUUAACAUUUGAUCCCAUUGGUUUCUUCAUUAAAAAUUAAACACGCCUCUAGCCUCGCUUCUCCACCAUAUUAUCAGAGAAUCUUAAAACACAUAAUUGUUAUAAUAUCUCAAGUAGAAUCUCUUAAUUAAUGUCACGACUUAUUUUGUUCUUGUAUUUCAAAACCUCAAACCGUGUUCCAUUAUUUCCUUCACGCCUGUAACAGCCUUGAGUUUUAUUAAAGGAACAUUAAUCUCAUAAAGAUGUACGCCCCACUUUUACAUAAACUUGAUUUUUUCGAAACGUGAAGACAAAAAUAUAGUUUAACACUUUGAAAGAAAAUCUUAAGCCCUUAUUUUUAACGCACAAGAUCUGUAAAUAAAAAAAAAAUAUAGCUGUAAUUUUUUAGAUUACAUUUUUACGUGUGUACAAUUAUUGGGGUUUGAGAUUAUUAUUUUAUUUUAUUUAUUAGAUAUGGUUCUACUCUUAUUAAUGUAACCACAAUCUGUCAACGCCUUUGAACUGUAUUUUUAUAAUUUGUAUGAAAUAUAUAUUUUUUUUUUAAAAAGAAAAUCUAACACUACUUUUCACUACUGUAAUAUAAUUGGAUUUAAAGAUAUUAUCCUCUGCAUUCACAUCUUAUGAAUUAAUUAUUUAUAAAAUCCACUCAUCCAUUCUGAUACCUAUCUCACCCCCUUCCCCCACAGUUUUUAAUACACAUUAAUUCUAUCAUCAAUGGGCUAGUAACCCCUAAUGUACGUAACUACACUUUUUUUUUGCACGCUCCUGAACUAUUUCAAUAUUCUAAUAUCCUACUUCCAUUUCUCACGCAUUGUUUUGCAUUUUCUCUUGUAAAAGUUAAACGCGUAAUUCCCUAUAUUGGAAGAUGAUGUUUAUUUAUUUUAACAUUAAAAUCUAUACCGACAUUCAAAUCUGUAAUCUAAUUUGGUUUUGAAAUAUUGCUAUCAAUAAGAAAAUAUUGCAACUUCAUAUGGUUUCUUCUUAUUUACACGAGGGAUAUGUGAGUUAUUGAGUUCUGUUUGGCAUUAUAUUUUUUCGUUUGCACUCAAUACCAUACACUCAGGGCCAUGCAAAGGUGGAGGCGAGAGGGCCAAUAUCCUCUGGCGCCAGCAUCAGGGGGUGGUACACUUGUCUUUAGAUCGACCCUUUAUAGUAGUCUAAACUGUAUUAUCACAUUUACUUCACAUAGACAGGGGCACCAAACACGUCUUACUAGUCUUCCCUGGGCGCCACCUUUCUUCGGCAUGGCUGUGUCUAUUGCCAACUAUAGUAAUUUUGUGUAAAGCAGUAUGGCCCAGAUUGGCCAAUGCGUUUUGGCCAGUUUCUUUCAGGUAAUUUUAUUCACGAGAUAGUGGGGGUAGCUUGUCAGUCGUUUACGAAGGAGGGGGGGGGGUGCAUCGUGUGAAUGUCCAAACAAAUACAGUAACUUCAAAGGUUUAUUUGGAAUGUCUAACUGAUCUAACUUUCUUCAUUUAAUGACUAAAUAAUGCACUUAUGGGACCUUUGUAAGCCUUUUUAUUUAAUACUCCCCCAUCCCUACAAUUUUAAAAAAAAAAAUUUAAAAAUAUCCCUUGAUUUUCUGCCAAUAGAGCAUUUUUAAAGAGAAACUCUGUUUAAAACUUGUAAAAAAAAAAAAUAAUUAAUUUAAAAAAUGAUUGGAUGUAAACAUCGAAAAACGGUCUUCCCGCUCCAUUUUGAUAGCAAAUUAAAUUGCCAACAAAUAUGACACUUUCCUGAACAAAAUUGGCAGCAUAAUGUCGCUAGAAGCGUGAGGCCGCUAACAGGCGUUAGGUUUCUUAGAGGCGUAAGGGCCCCUAGAGGCGUGCUCAGUGUGCCCAUGUCUUAAGACGGCACCGACCCUUGCGUUAUUCGGGGAACAUAACUACCAUCGCGUGAUCAUGAUAGUGUAGGGGUCAUGGUUACAAUGUUACGAAUGACGUAUAUCAGGCAUGAGGUUGGAAAUGGCAGUCUCAUGCUAACGAUUCUAUACUCACAGCCAUCGAGGAUGCUGUUCCUAGCCAACCGUCUCGUCCCAGCUACUUUGAUAACUAUUUACGAGGUAGAAACCCGCUGGGGGAAACCCCAUUAGAGGGCUUCCGGCAUCUCCCCGGGAUGAGCAGGGGGAGAAAUUAGGACGUAAACGCACAAUUUCAAUCUAUGGAACCGCCCAUUGCUGUUGUUGCGAGAACAACACUACCGACUGACCGGAUGACCCAAGGCUGAGAUGGUUUCCAUAAAGUGAAGUAACUUCAGAGAUCUCCAACGUUGCCCUUCGCGGCCCGAUAGGAACAGGGUGCUUUGGGGAGGGCAUUAAGAGCUUUUGCUCGACGGCUGACUGACGCCAUUUCCUUAGAAACAUAGAGACAAACCGCUAUCACAACCUUAUUUAACACCAAGAAGUAAAUCUGUUAACAGGAGGGCAGUAUGUGUUAAAAGCGGACCUAAGUAAUUAUUUUUGAAGUAAAGGUCAUCAAAAUAAUCACAUUUUUUUCUUGAAAACAGAUUAUUUUGCUGCGACUCAGGCGUUUGCCAUAUUUGGAUUUGUUGGACUGAAUGUUGGAUGUCUGCUGCUGGUUCUCUUCAUCUUCUGGAGUAGCUGCAAGGGCAAGUCAGAAACUGGACUGGCGGCUGGAAUAUCUCUAAUUGUCUCAGGUAGAGAUUGUCUUAAUCUUUUAUUGGCCCAGAUAGAGACUAGCGUGUUCUCUUCUUGUAUUUGGAAGGGGUAGCACAUUCUGUUUAUUGUUUUAGGUAGAGAUUAGCACAUCCUCUUACUUUUUUUUAAGGAAGAAAUUAGCACAUUCCUUAUACAGUUGAGUUGGAGAGUGGCACUUGUUCAUCAUCGAUUUGCUUUGUAUUUCAAUCACUCAUUAUCAUUGUGAUUGAUUGUCCGUCCCCAGCUGUGACGUGGUUGAUUGCCGUCAGUGUGAUUGCUGCUGACUUCGGAAGAAUUGACUAUCAACCAACCUUCGGAUUCUCCUUUGGAUUUUCCUUCGGACUCGCGAUUUGCGCUCUGAUCUUGGCUGGUGUAGCAGGGGUUCUCACUAUACUUGGUCAACUUAAGAUUGGAUCUGUUAGUUCUAAAUAAAUGUUCCAUUUCAUAAAUAUCAUAUAUAAAUAAAUGUGAAGCAUGUAAAACUGAAGCAUUAGAAAAUACAUAGAAUAAAUUAAAUAAUUACUAAAUGUUAUUUGGAGAAUGGGGGUGGGGGAUAUGACAGGCUUUUCGAAAUAUAGCUUUAACAUGUGAAUAUAAAAAUUUCAUAUGUAAAAAAUAUGUGACUUAAACAAUAUUUUAAACAAAUGUUCAAACUGUAGACAGUUUUAUAUUUUCUAAUUGAGCUUUUUUUGACAGCCUAUUGAUACUUGAUAAAAAGCAAAGAAAC